AUGAUAAGUAUAUUACUUUUCAGUCUUUUUUGCCUGUUUCUGCAACCUGGCGAGGCUCAGUUUCCCCGAGCGUGUUGCACUGUGGAUGGGAUACUGUCCAAGCGUUGCUGCCCUGCUUUGGGCUCCGACCCUGCGAACGUAUGUGGCACCUUGACUGGGAGAGGAAACUGCACUCCCGUCCAGGUUGACACCAAACCGUGGGGGGGACCUUACAGGCUAAGAAACGUAGAUGACCGAGAGAGGUGGCCCACCAAAUUUUUUAACCAGACUUGCAGGUGUAGUGGCAACUUUGCUGGCUUCAAUUGUGGCCAGUGCAAAUUUGGCUGGACGGGCCCAAACUGCGACCAGAGGAAAACUCCUGUAAUUCGAAAGGACAUUCAUACACUGACCUCUGCAGAGGUUCAGCAGUUCUUGGAUGCGCUGCAAAUGGCUAAAACUACCAUCCAUCCAGAUUACAUGAUUGCCACUCAGCACUGGCUGGGACUCCUUGGACCGAAUGGGACUGAGCCCCAGUUUGCCAACAUCUCCAUCUACGACUUCUUCGUCUGGCAGCAUUACUACUCUGUCCGAGAUACCCUCCUUGGUCCUGGUCGUCCAUUCAAAGCCAUCGAUUUUUCUCACAAAGGGCCUGCAUUCACUACUUGGCAUAGGUACCACCUACUCAGCUUGGAAAGAGACAUUCAGCGGCUGACUGGCAAUGAGAACUUUGCAGUCCCGUACUGGAACUUUGCCACAGGACAAAAUGAUUGUGACGUGUGCACAGACGCUCUGCUAGGAGGCCGAAAUCCAGACAACCCCUCCCUCAUCAGUAACCAGUCUAGAUUCUCCAACUGGGGGGUGGUGUGUAACAGUUUGGAUGACUACAAUCGGCUUGUAACCCUUUGCAAUGGUACCAAUGAGGGUUUCAUUCAGAGAGGUAUGAUGAGAGGAGCAAAUAUGAUGAUGCCCACCAUGAGUGAUGUUCGCAGCUGCCUUGGUAUCCGGGACUUCGACAGCCCUCCUUACUUCACCAACUCUUCCUUUAGUUUUAGAAAUGCCCUGGAAGGCUACGAAAAACCAGAUGGUGAACUGGACGAAACGGUCAACAAUCUUCACAACCUGGUCCAUGCAUUGCUCAACGGAACCAGCUCGUUGCCUCAUUCUGCAGCCAAUGACCCCAUCUUCCUGGUUCUCCAUGCUUUCACGGAUGCCAUUUUUGAUGAGUGGAUGAAGAGGUUUGUCCCAUCCAAUGCCAGCUUCCCAGACGAAAUGGCACCCAUUGGUCACAACCGGAACUACAAUAUGGUUCCGUUCUUUCCUCCGAUUACAAAUGAAGAGAUCUACAUUACAUCAGAACAGCUGGGAUACUCCUACGCUGUUGCCUUUGAAGAGGCAGGAGGAUCAUCCGUAUUCGUAUUGGGGUCCACCCUUGGGGGAGUCUUCAUCGGAUUCCUAGUGCUCCUCCUUAUCUUUGUGCUCUACAUUCGCCAGCGCAGAAACACAGGCUUUGAACCUCUAAUAAAAGCAGACUUCACACAUAGGAAGUACACAGAAGAAGCUUAG